CCGGGACGGAGCGGACCACGACGAGGACGCACAGGCAGCCGGGCCGGGCCGGGCCACGGGGACAGCGGCCGCCGGGAAGCGGGCGGGAGGCCGGGCGGGCAGCGGGCAGCCGCCGAGCCGCGAAGCGACAUGGUGCUGCUCAAGGAGUAUCGAGUCAUCCUGCCCGUGUCUGUAGAUGAGUACCAAGUAGGGCAGCUGUAUUCUGUGGCUGAGGCCAGCAAGAAUGAGACAGGCGGCGGCGAGGGCGUGGAGGUGCUGGUGAACGAGCCGUAUGAGAAGGAUGGCGAGCGAGGCCAGUACACGCACAAGAUCUACCACCUGCAGAGCAAAGUACCCACAUUUGUUCGAAUGCUGGCACCAGAAGGAGCCCUGAACAUCCACGAGAAAGCGUGGAAUGCCUACCCUUACUGCAGAACCGUUAUUACAAAUGAAUACAUGAAAGAAGACUUUUUGAUUAAAAUUGAAACCUGGCACAAACCGGAUCUUGGCACCCAGGAGAAUGUGCAUAAACUGGAGCCUGAGACAUGGAAGCAUGUGGAAGCCAUAUAUAUAGACAUUGCAGACCGAAGCCAAGUACUUAGCAAGGAUUACAAGGCAGAAGAAGACCCCGCAAAAUUUAAAUCUAUCAAAACAGGCCGAGGACCCUUGGGCCCCAAUUGGAAGCAAGAACUUGUAAAUCAGAAAGACUGCCCCUAUAUGUGUGCGUACAAACUGGUUACUGUCAAGUUCAAGUGGUGGGGCCUACAGAACAAAGUGGAAAACUUUAUACAUAAGCAAGAGAGGCGUCUGUUUACAAACUUCCACCGGCAGCUGUUCUGUUGGCUUGAUAAGUGGGUUGACCUGACCAUGGACGACAUUCGGAGGAUGGAAGACGAGACAAAGAGACAGCUGGACGAAAUGAGACAAAAGGAUCCAGUGAAAGGAAUGACAGCAGAUGACUAAAGCCACCCCUCCCCCUUCUGCACUUUUUGCAAGACGGUGGUCAACAGGAAGGCCCAGCGGCUCCACCCUCCCGUGUGACAGGCCAUCUUUGGACACAGCCUUUCUGUGCCCAUUCUUCAGGCAACUCUCGACCCCUUCUGUAGCGAAUUCUAGAUGUCCUUUACCAUUGUGAACAAAUAGACCGCCUGGUAUUACCAAGCCCGUGUGUGCAGGAGCCUGCUCCUCUGAGAUACGUGGCUUGUAGAUCGCUGUAUGUACAGCCCCUCCCCCUCUCUCCAUUGUGUUCCGGCCCUGUUGCUGUGUGUGCACCCACCUUUAUUUCCAAGUGACAUUUUUAGUCUUUCAAAAUAGCUGCCUUUUGUGAUGUGGUGAUUGAAGUUCAUUUUGUCUUCAACCUUGGGAUACACUGAGGUAUCUUUGCUUCCCCUGGGGCAGAUCUUUGCCGUCUGGAGCGCUCACCUGGGGGAAAGGAUGCAGUCAGACACAGAAUUACCCCCAGUUCCACAGCAGAGCAGUGUGGCUUCCUAACUCUGACCUCUGCUUCCAUUAACCAGUGGUUAGAGUGCUCCAAGCACCACGGAGGUACCCAAGGCCCAGCCAGUCUCCAUUGUAGAAAAUUUAACAAGUACAAACACCCCCUGCCCCAGGUAUCGCAUCCCUAAUGACUGUUCUGAAUAGGAACAGCUACGGCUUCCAGGCCCUCCCAUUGCCUGUGUAGAUCUGAAGCGGCUACAAAGCACCCCUGACUGGGGUGGUCAGCUCUCCACCUGGAUGGAAUUGUCCAGUGCAGCCCCCUAGGCUUGAGUCUGCCCCUGUCUCCUGGUCCGUCUGACCCCGAGGAGCUCCAUGCAUCUAAGCUCCUCUUCCCUCGGGCUGGUGCUGCCACUCAGCAAUAAUCCUCCUUCCCCUGAGCUCCCUCAGGUCCCUUGAGGUUGGUUAGAAAGUGGGAGUCCUGAUCUUUACCAGCUGCACAAAAAAUGAGCAUGCAAAAAGCUUUUUUUUUUUUUUUCUGGCAGAAUACGUUCCUUCUCCGAGUUCCUGGACAAGAGUCUGGGGGUUGAGGAACUCAGCCCUUUCUGCUCCUGUGCUGAGUUCUAUCCUAGACAAUCCAAAGCCAAUAACGAGCAUAGUGUAGGACUCAACCAAAGCAGACUGGUGAGGAAGCCCAGGCUGCAGCAGCCUGGGGAAACUGCUUGAGUAGUCCUGCAGCCUGACAGAGAGCCUCAGGAUGCCUUUCUAGUGGGCGAGUCUGAGAGUGCUGUGGGGUCACCUGAUGUUUCCCCAGCCUCCGUGUGCAGUGAUCCCUCCCAGGCUGGCCUGGGUGCCUCUGCUGAGAGAGCGGAUUUCCAUGGGGGAGUGAGACAUGGGGUGGGAUAAAUGAUCCUUAUGUUUGCCUUACUCAUUUCUAAGUGCAAUAAGGGGGUGUUCUCCCAGGACUUCACCUGGGACAUGCUGCUGGAUGCUUCCCCAUGGCUCUCCCGGGGCAAGGGCGGAUAGACUCGGACCCCUCGCAUGGUUGGCUCUGACCUUCCCUGUAACAGCACAGUGUCCUGUACAGGCACCUCCCUCUGUAUUGGGUUCCUCCCCCUUGGGGGUCUUUAAUAAUGGAUCUGGAGCAUUUCAGUGGGUUAUUAGCAUCUCAACUGCUGGUAGCAUUUAUCUGACUGAGAAUGUUGGAGAAGAGGCAUUCCUACUGGGAAAAAAAAUGUCAAUGCUUUCCUACAAACUCUGUACUAGCUAUUAAUUAUACUCAUGCUUAAAAA